CAAAAGUAAUGUAUAUAGCAAGCACUGAUCAAUUAUUCUUCAUUGAUUGUGUAGAGGGGACAUUAUAUAGACGGGACGAUACGUUAAUCUGUGGGCCGAUACGAUUGGUUAAACCCAAGUAUUGAUUACAUUUGUCACAGUGACAUUAGUGACCGAAAAUCGAUGUAAUCUAUUUUUGUUUCUACAUGUAAAAACUCUUAUUUAAUGUAGAAAAAUAGGUUUUUUAAGAUACUAUUCGUCGCCUAGUAGUUUUCAAAUACAACAGGGACAGUAAGUAAACAUGUCUGAAGAUGCUGAGAAGGAAACAGAGGCAAUAGAUGACGAAACAAAGGUAGAAACAGUAAUAGUUAAGAAUGAGUUUAGCUGUGUUGAAGAUAAAAGUCAGGAACAAAUGAAAGAAGUUUCGGAAGAAAAGGGGAAGGGAGAAGGGGAAUCAGUGGAAACGGUUGAGGUGAAGAUGGAGAUAGUGUGUGUAAAGGAGGAGCCACACUGGGACGGAGCAAACGAGGCAGCUGAGCAAGCGGGCUUGUACAGCGACCACAGGCUUGAAGAGGAUGCGGUGCUCGGGACAGGGUCUAUGCAGAAACCCGAAGCAGCACUUGUGAAUGCUGCAUUACUGCAAAAAAACACAUGCAAGCAAGAGGCAGUUGAAGAAUUCAUUGUGCCGGACCAAUUAGGGUGCUCUACAUGGGGCUCCACAGACAACAGUGUGUUACUACAGAUAACCAGGCUCUCUACUUCCAUGCAUGAAGGAACCCUUUUCAGAAGGAGGUUCAAAGAAAGAAAGAAAAAAGGAAAAGUGAACAAUGAUCUUGAAGAGACUGGGAAAUAUCAAUGUGAUCUCUGCAACAAGAAGUUUACAGUAAAAAAGUAUUUGAUUGGACAUCUUAACUAUCAUAAGUAUAAAAAGCCGUUUCAUUGCGGCAUUUGUAACAAAACUUUUUCGUGUGAGACUUACGCAUCUGCGCACGAGAGAAUUCACACUGGUGAGAAGCCAUACACUUGCAAACUCUGCAAUAAAGCGUUCAGAUGCUCCAGUCAUCUCAUCAAACAUGAAAGAACCCAUACAGAAGACAAGCCGUUCUCAUGUGAGGUUUGUAAAAAGAAAUUUAGAGAAAAAACCCAGCUGAAGCUUCACGAGCUUUUACACAAAGGGGAAGAAGCGAAACAGUAUCCUUGCAAGUUUUGUCCAAAGAAGUUCAUACACAUGUAUAAGCUGACGAUUCACGAAAGGAACCAUACUGGGAUUAGGCCGUUUGAGUGUAAAACGUGCGGGCAGAGCUUUGUCCAAAAGUUCCAACUCGACAGUCAUAACAGAUUACACACAGGUGACAAACCGCGUAUAUGCGAAAUUUGCGGUAAGCAUUUUAUAACAAAGGCGGACUUAGUCAGACACGAGCGCAUACAUACUGGAAACAAGCCGUACAGCUGCGAUAUAUGCCAGCGGCAGUUUUCCCAAAAAGCGCACUUAACUUCUCACAUGUUAGUUCACAGUGGGGAGAAACCCUACUCGUGCGAAACAUGCUCGAAGAAAUUCAGCUGCAAACCUUCUUUGGUUAUUCACUCGCGAGUUCACACGAACGAGCGACCGUACCCUUGCAGGAUAUGCGGGAGACAAUUUAAACAGGGUGGCGUCAGGAGAAGGCACGAAGCGACACACACGCGAGACAAAACCAUAGUCUGUGAAGUAUGCAACGAACAUUUCGCCCUGAAAAGGGAGCUGAAAAAACACCAAAGAGUACACGUGGUGUACAGUUGUGAUAUAUGUAAUAAGGAAUUUAGAGAUAAAUUCAAUUUUAAUAGACAUGUGCAGACGCACGUUGAACCAGCGGAGGAAACCGAGGAAAACUAAUAAGUGAUACUUAACCAAGUCCCAGAGUCCUUUUAAAAGGACUUUGGAACUUGGGAGGUUAUCUGGGGAAAUACAGGGAGAUAUUUCACACUGAUAUUCAGAAGUGGUGUUAAAUAUAAAUGGCAUAUAUUAAAAAAAUAUAUGACAGCUUUGAUAGCAUUUGACAUUUAACUUAAAAUUAUUACAUUUAUUACGAUGGUUGUUUUCACUGAAAUAUUAAUAAUUAACACAUAUUUGGGUUCAUCCAUUAAAUACGUCACACGAAUUUCGAGGUUUUUUGACCCCCCCCUUCCUUGUGACACUUAGUCACAUUUAGCAAACCCUCCCCUGGUGUGACGUCACAUUUUUAGCAAUUUUCGUUUACAACGAAAUCGUCUAAUCGAAUUAGGUAUUAUUAAUAUAUUUUCGAAAUAUUUUUGAUAAAAGAGAUAUUAGUAUAACUAGAUAUGUUUCUAGCAGGAACAGAAUUUGCUUAGUGCUUACCACAAUAAAAAUAUCGACAAUCUUGUUAUCGAUAAGUACAUACUUACUACAUCAACGAAGUAUACAUAUUUAAGUAAAAGAGAAAGAGGGUCAUUAAUACAUCAGUGCGAUACUGUUCAUAAUAAAAAACUAAGAUACACGUACACUGUAGCCAUAUACAGAGACACAGACACAGAUUUGCUAUGGGAUCAAAAAUAGGUUUAAUAUAGUACAUGUUGUAUUAUUCUGCGUCAAUUUGAAAGACAAUUUGGGUGUGUGUUUAUCAUGCAGUGACUAAUGGGAGAAUUAAUUCAGUGACACGAAGAAAGAAAGUUACAAAAGGGUUUCAAUUUGUUUUCUAAAGUAAGUAAAAUAUAAAUAAAUUUAUAGUUUUGUUACUAUAAUCUAUUUUUAACGCACCCUAUUACCCUAUAUUUUUCUUUGUAUUACCUCUAUCACGUUGAAGUGGCACUUAUCGAUAACAGGACUGUCGAAGUUUUUAUUUUGUCAAACACUUAGACGUCAACGUUCGUGCUACAAAAAUAUCUAGGGGUAGAUAUUACUAAUUUUAUAACACAAAACCGUUUAGAAAAGAAAAUUAAACGAAUAAAAAUGAUUAACGUUCCAAAAACUCGUUAUUUAAGUGCACAGCGAAUAAAAAAAACUGGGUUACUGAUGAAGUUAAAGUGACGUCACAAAAUUUGUGACUCCCCCCUCCCCCUUGUCACAGCAUCUCACAUUUUCUUGACCCCCUCCCUACCCCUAAACGUGUGAUGUAAUUAAUGGAUGACCCAUUUUACACAUAAUUAAGAUAAAUUGGUUUAUUUACCUUAUUUGCUAUUUGUAUUGAAUUCUACUUCAGCUACAUUAAAAGAUGUAACUUAAAGUAAAAAAAAAAAUAUAUAUAUAUAUAUAUAUAUACAUACAUGACCAUGUCCCGGUUUUUCGGGGGCAGAAACGUAGCAGUGCAAAUGAUUAAUAAAUAUCGAUAUUGACAGCUCGCAAAUUUUAAAUCAUAAUAAAUAAAUGUGACUCGAAUUUAAAUUGUCGUGUGACCUACUAACAUUAAACUAAUUCUACGGAUUCCACUCACGUAUUUUUAACACGCUUUUAUUAGGUCGACCUGUAUGUAACUAUGUAAUGGAAUCUAAGGUAACUAAUUUAACCGUCUUCCAAGGAUCGUAGCGUCAUGAAAAUUGGCAGCUGUAUGUAGUUCUGAUGACAAUACAAUAAUAUGGUACUGUCGAAUUGAUCUGAUGAUGGAGCCGGAAGAUAUGAACUGGAACUUCAUGAUGGAACAUGGUAUCAUAGCUGUUUGGAUUUGUUAGAAAAGUCUUGAAUGAACUUUGACCACGAUUAGGUUUCAAGGUCUGAUGAUGAAGCCGGAAGAUAGGCACUGGCAUUCCAUGAUGGAAUAUCGUAUCAUAGUCUUGUUUGCACUUGUGAGAAAGGUCACGUAAUGGACUUUGAACACGAAAGCGUGUUUUUCUAGUGUUUUUAAACUAUUAAUUUAAUAGUCACUCGCGCGACAUGUUCCGGAGAGCCUAGGUCUCCUUUCCCAAGCACUAACAGUGCGAACGGCGUUCACGACGGCCGUGCUUCGCGUACUGCUGCGCGCCGCGUCGCACGCUGAGAGAACCGGUUGGGGGAGAUCUCGCGCUGUCGUAGUAGGCGGGCAAAGUGGUGUGUCUGGGUUUGGGUCACCUAACUUAACAGAUACGUAAGUGUAAACCGUGGAAUAAGUUUAAUAUUUAAUUGUGACUCGUUGCAUGUUGAAGUACCAUUAUUAAUCUAUUCUGUUAUUUUAUGAUUUAUUUCAAAACCUUUUUGAUUUAUUCUUAUUGCAACUGGGUGGAUCAACUUUUUUGCGUCACUCAUUGCUCGUCGAUUUUGUCCCUUGGACAACCACUUGAAAUCCUGAUUUUAUGGUAUUUAAAUAUAUUAAACAUUCAUGUUUGUGGUAGUUUUAUGCCAUUUCUAUAGCAGGCCAUCCACUGAGCAUGUUAGUAAAUCGUCAUACAACAUGAACAAACUGUAUCAGUAAUGUCCCUUGGACAACUGUACAGAAUAACAACACUAAAAAAGUUGAUUCGCCCAUCUGUUAAUAUCUGAAUGAAGGCAGUGAUUAUAAUGAAAAAAAAAGACUAAUAAUAUAGUAAAAUUUAUUGUGAAACACUUUCUCGUUCAUUUAACCCUUCUCCAGGCAUAGUACGA